GUGGUAGGCGUGAGCGGAGGUGCAGAUGCUGGAGGUGCGGGACCCACGGGGGUGGGGCCUGCGGGGACUCUGGAGGGGCCAAGCCAGGCCAGAGGGCUGGGCAGGUGCCAAACGGACACCGUCUGGGCACCAACAAGGCGAUGCCUCUUCCCCUUGGCAAGGGCCGAGAAUGCAACCGCCGGCGGCAAAGGAUGCCGGGCGCAGGGACUCGCGGGACCGAGCCUCGAAGGGCACGCAGGGUGCAGAGUCCCCUGAGGAGCACGCCAAGGGGGCGCCGGCGGGAGAGCUCCCCAUGCCGGGCUGGACCCUAAAACCGGAGGCACUGGCAGACAUGCAUCCCGCUCAGUGCCAUCGCCACCUGCUCUUCUGCGACCUGCCUGAGGACGUGGGCGCGGCCGCUUCCAUCUUCCCGCGUGAGUCAGUGGAACUGGGGUACCGUAUGCCCGACCUGCGCGCGUGGACGAAAUCACUCGAGCUACCCGCGGCGCGCCAAGACCGGCUCCUCGGUGUCCUCAAGGCCGCGGAAGCUUGUGGACGAAUCCGCGCCUUGCGGCUGCGCUACAACCAUUUGCGGGCGGAGGAGAUCUCGCUCCUCAUCCAGCGGCAGAAGUCCGCGCGCGCCGCCAUCCGGCUGGAGCUGUUCCUGCCUCCGCAGCUGAAGCCCACGAGGAUCCCGGACCCCCUGGACCGUCAAGAGGUGCCUGCCAGCCCGGGAAGGCGGGGAGAGAGGGCCCCGCCCUCCUCUCUCCACACCUGGCCCCAGCCCCUCUCCCCCGCAGCGGAGGCGCUUGGAGACCAUCCUGGAGGAGACAGUGGAUGGCCACAUCUUCCCGCGUUGACGGCUACCCCACCUGCCCACAUAAAGUUCUCAUUCUCCAAGAGCCUGCUGGUCUUUACGCUCCGUCUCCACGUCCCAGGGCAGAGAAGGAGGGGAUGGAUGCUGCCUCUCCGACAUAGGACGUCACAGACAUUGGGGUACACAGAGUGGAGCUCCUCCAACAAAGUAGGAAGUUGCAAGUGGGCGGGCGUCAUUAACAGGGAACCAGGACAUCCCUCACCCCCCCAAAUCCGCAGCCUCCAGCUGUUGAGUCCAUGGGGGGCAGGAAGAAGAAUGUGGCUUAGCAAGUCACACCCCCAGAAGUAAGCAGCCUCAGGGAGAGACAGGGGCUGAAGUGGGACCCCCAGAUUGCAGGUCAUCCCAUCAGGGUGUCAGAGAGGAGGGUGACAUUAUGGGCAAAGGAAGUAGCUGCACACAAAGCUGCCUUUGGAUGGGGCAGCUGGAUGGCUCAGUUGGUUAGA